AUGGAAGCAAUCAGUUUAAACUCAAGUGAUAUGUCACGCUUUUCCGACUUCACAAUACUCACCACGACCUACAAAACCGUACACGGACACGAAAUUACAACAGAUAUUCUUUACCCCAAGGCCCUAACCCCACGCUUUGAGAAGACACAGGACACCGUCACUUGUCCUAUCCUUCUGCGAUACCAUGGUGGUGGCCUCAUCGCCGGCUACAGUCUUUUUGCACCUUUCUUCAACCCUUGGUACCUUGAGCUCUCCAAGGAAUACUCCGCCGUCAUUGUAUCUCCAAAUUAUCGACUACUCCCCGAAGCCACAAUCUUUGAGAUACUGGAAGAUGUUGAAGAUCAUUGGAACUGGAUGCACAAAUCCCUUCCACAGUUCCUGAGCAAGCACACCUACGGAACCAUACAACCAGACCUCGACCGCAUCCUCACGGCUGGGGAUAGCGCGGGAGGCUACCUGAGCAUCCAAAUGGGAUUGAGUCAUCCUGAGCAGAUCCGUGCCGUCAAUGCAGUCUAUCCUCUAGUCGAUAUCAAAUCCCCUUACUUUACCAAUCAGAUGGAAAAGGUCGUGUUUUCGACGCCCGUAUUACCGCAAGACACCCUCGCGCGUCAUAUUAGGAAAUUUCGUGAAAGAGAGGAAGCCACUAAUCAGAAGGUUGUCGUUUCAGCACCUACGGAUGCGGAGAGAACUCAAUUGAUGUUUUCAGUGUGUCAACAUGGACUCUUCGGGCAGUUCUUCCCGGGUGAUGCUGUUGAGCUUUAUCCGCUUGAGAGACUUGACGCAGGUGCUAGGUUCCCAAGGGGAGGAGUCUUGGUGCUGCAUGGACGGGAUGAUUCGGUUGUUCCUGUUGAGGGGAGCUAUAUGCUGAAGAACAAGAUUGAUGAGCUUGAUAGUAGCUUGCGGUUCCGGCUUGUUGUUAGAGAUGGUGAGCAUGGCUUUGAUCAUUCGGCUAAAUUGCAUGAUGCGUGGUUGUGGGAGGCUGCUCAGGAUGUUAUUCAUUCCUGGCUUGUGUAG